UGCAACAAUUACGAAAUUUACGACAUUGUGGAAUUAUUGAGAAUUAUGCAUUUCGAAAUUGCUCAAAGUUAACGAUAAGCCAUAGCGAAAAAAGUGACAUAAACGGCGUUCCAUACGUUUUGGCUUGACAAUCAAUUCCACAUGUUAUACUUGGUUAUACUGAAGUUGAAUCAGUAGAAUGAAUCAAAUCAAGAAUGAAGGAAAUCAUGUGCGAAAAGAAUUGUGCUCUGUUUGCAACAUACAAGUUAACCGCACCAGUAUAGAGCAACAUUUGAAAGGAAAAAAGCAUAUUUUUCUACUUAAUCAAAUGAAAAUGAAACAGAGAAUUUCCCAACAAAUCAGCAGUGAAGGAAUAUGCAUAACUGGAAUUCCAAGAUCUCUAAGGAAGGACAAACUGGUAAAACAUUUCAAACAAUUUGGACAAGUAAUAGCCAUUUUAAGGAAUGAAAAAGAAAAUACGGGAUUGUUGCAGUUCAGAACUAGAAUGCAAGCAGAUAUGGCACUGAGCUACUCUCAUCAUGUGGAAGGAAGUUUAUUGGGAGUGCAACCAAGAAAUCAAGUUGAACAUCUAACAAACUCACCAUCCAAAGGUUCAGUGGAUUAUUUGACCAAAUUGAGGUUUUCGAAAGAAAAUUGGAAGAAAUUUUAAAAUCAAACGCUGUGAUACCUGUAGAUGAGCAAAUUCAUUUAUUGGUUAAAAUAGUAGAAACCACAGAAGAAGAAAAAAGCAGAAAGUCUCACAUCAUAUCAUCUUUAGAGGAAUGGCUGUCGCUCGAAUUUCCUGGCUGUUGCCUUCAUCUUUUUGGAUCAUCUGUUACUGGAUUAGCCUUUAAGAAUGAUUCUGACCUUGACAUUUUCUUGGAGAUUCCCGCAAGUAUGAAAUAGAAGAACUGCAAAAAAAAUUUAAUUAUAUGAUGAAGGACUUGCUGUAGCAGAUGCUUCUUUAUCGGAUGACAAAUUAACAGAGAAAAAAAGGGAGUAUAUGUUGAAAACUCUUCGUCGAGCUUCUAAUAUCAUACGCAGUCAUCCGGACAUAACAGACCUGGUUGUUGUUUCUAAUGCUCGUAUCCCUGUUUCCAAAUUUGUCUACAGUCCCAUAGGUGUCAAAUGUGAUCUCACUUGUAACAACAUCAUUGCCGUCCAGAACUCGAAACUAUUGUAUUCCUUACAAAGUUUAGAUGUUCGCAUCAGACCUUACCUCUACGCGCUUAAAUUUUGGGCAAAAAGUCAUCGUUUAAUUAGUUCUCCUGAAUCGACGUUAUCUAGUUAUGCAUUGACUCUUAUGGCUGUGUUCUAUUUACAACAAACUGAUCCCCCUCUAGUUCCAUCUAUAGAGUCCUUACAAAAUAAAGUGCCACAGGAAGAAAAGAUACAUUUUAACGGAUGGAAUAUAAGCUUCCAGGUCCCAUUGGAUACAGGCAAACCACCAACUCAAGCGGCCUCCGAGAUGUCCAUAAUUGAUUUACUAAUUGGAUUUUUUCGAUUUUACAAAAAGUUGAAUGCUAACGAAGUGGUAGUGUGUCCACGCAUAGGAAAAUGUCUACUCAAAACUGAAUUCGUCGAUGCACCUCAUUCGCCUGAAGGCCGAUCAACCUUUCUGGGUAAUGACAAACAAGGUGAUUCAAGACCUCCGUUAAAACUAAGUCUACUUUCCGUUCAAGAUCCAUUCGAACUUAAUUUCAACGUUAGUUUUAAUUUCCGACAUUUCGAGUUGUUUCAGUCGCUAUGUGAAUUGGCUGAGCGUACGUGUUUGGAAAUAGUUGACGUUGUAAAAAAUGACAAGCAGUCCGUCUUACCCGCACUAUUUAAAGUUCCCCUCAAAACCAAAUUUGCCUCAAAGGCCAAAAGAAACCAUAUCCAGUCUUCAUUGCAUCCGGAAUUCGUAUCACUUGAUGAUGUCGUUGUUGUGAUUGUCGUUGUGUUGAUCAUUAGUUUGUUCAUUUUUUCUUAUGGUAUUUGAUUAGAGGAAACAACUCAGAUUGAAAGCAAACAACGAAAAUUGGAUGAGUUUUGAUCUCAAAAUUCUGAUUGGAAAUGAUUUGUUUGUUAAAUUAAAUGGAAAACUAAUUAUUCGAUGA